AUGAUGUUUACGUCUGUGCCGAUGAUAGCCGUGAUCCUGUUGGCGGGAUGCUCGAUGGCCAGCCAGGACUUCCUGUCCAAGUCCCUGAACGAGUGCAUCGCCGCGGAAUCAUGGACGUCCUGUUUGAAGCACGAGGUCCUUGGAUACCUGGACGAGAAACUGGGAACCACCACGGAGGCCAGGUCUCUGGACACCGUGGAUGAGGCCAUCGUGGCGAGGACCUUCAAGUAUUUGAAGAGAUUCAAUUACGGCGUCGAUCUGCCCUUCGUGGACGCCAGCUUGAAGUACAGACCCAGCAGGAGCUUGGCGGAUCUGGACGUGGAGUUCAAGGAAAACGAAGUUGCUACCAGCCAGGCUCGUGGAAUCUUGAAGAAGAAGCUGCUGUUGCCGUUCUUGUUGUUGUUGAAGUUGAAGAUGAAGGCGCUGAUGCCCAUCUUGAUGGCCAUCGUCGGUCUGAAGGCAAUGAAGGCUUUGGUGCUCUCGAAACUCGCUAUCCUACUCGUCGUUGGAUUCAUCGCCGUGCAGUUCUUGAAGAAGGGUGGAAUGAUGAUGCCCAUGGGAAUGUCGAUGGAGCCUGCUGCCGCACCACUGUACGGAGCUCCAACAUCGGGCUCGACCACGUCGGGCUACGAGCCGGCGGCCACGUGGGACGGAAACGGACCCUAUUCCCGCGUCUGGACGCCGACCAAUGGUGUGGAAGCCCAGAACCUCGCUUACUCUUACUACUCGCCUGGCAGCGGUUCGAGCUCGUACAGCUCGCCCUCGUCCUCGUCGUCCUCCUCGUCGUCAGUCAACUCGGCCAGCUCCUCGAACUACUAG